AGCUAAACAAGAAAAAAAAGAAAGAGAAAAGAAAGCUACCCAACUCUUCUCUUCUCCUAUUAUUAUCAAUUCCAGUGCUGAAAUAAAACUAUUUCGCCAAUGCGAUCGGGCUGGUGAUUUUUUUUUCUUUCUUUCUUUCAUCAUCUCUUAUUCUCUUAUCUGCGUGUUAUUUUUUUUUCCCUUUUAUUUAAUUGGUCCCAUCGCUUCACCGUCAAUUCUACGCCCGUCUCGUCCUUCCUUCUUUCUCCGCCAAUCGCGCGCAACACGCAAAAACUUGAAGUACGGGAUAUAAGGAUAUACGGAUAAGGAUGUCCGAUUCUAAAGCGCGGGUUCCCGCGUGGAAGAAGCUCGGUUUGAAGCUGAAGAACGCCAAGGAUGAGAAGCGCUCUGCGUCAGCUGGGGAUGAUGCGAUGGAGGUAGAUGUCGCUGAUGGUGAAGGAGAAGGAGGCGCGGGUGAUGAUACAAAGGUGGAGAAAAAGCAGAAGCAGAAGCAGAAGCAGAAAAAGGAGAAAGGGGAGAAGAAAGAUAAAAAGGAUGAGAAGGAAAAGAAGAAGAAGGGCAAACGGACGAAGAGUGAUGUUGCCGAGGAAGAUCAAGAUGGUGAUGACGAGAAGGAUAAUGAUGAUGAUAAUAAGGAAGAAGCUUCUGAAUCGAAGGGGCGGGGUAAGAAGAGACGCUUGGAUCCUGAGGAAGAUGGGGAUAAGAAGGUGGAGGAUGUGAAGAAGGCAAAGGUUGAGAAUAGGAGGAAGAGCGUGACUUUCACCUCGGAUACGAAGCGGGAGGACGACAAGAGCGACGAAGAAUCGCUACAGACGCAAUCGAAGGAGAGCGAAGACCAGGAAGAAGACAAGGACAAAGACGAAGAAGGAUCCAAGAAGAAAAAGAAGAAAGAGAAGAAGCGCGCAAAGAAGGGCGACGUAUCGAAGACUUCGACUACGACUACCAAAACCGAUCACAUUCACGAAACACCCGUCCUCUCCUACCUCUCGCGCUACUACGAAAACCGUGAUAUUUGGAAGUUCCAGAAGAACCGCGAGACGCAUCUGCUGAAGCAUCUGCUGUCGCUCGAGCAUGUCCCUGCUCGCUAUAACGCUGCGUUGCUGGCAUAUUUGAAAGGAUUACGAGGCGAGGCUGCGAAGAUGCGGAUUCGCAUCGCGGCUGGGGAGUCGAUCAAGAACGAUAUAGAGGCCGAGAGAUCCGCAUCACAGAAGAAGCAGACAAGCGAAGAAGGAAAGGAAACGGAAACCCAAGGCGAGGAGGAGCAGGACCACACCGAGACCGAAACGAGCAAGGCUUACCACAACGUGGUGCAAGCUUUCCGAUCCCAGUUAUCUGCCGGAAAGGAGGAAUUCAGCGAUCCUACGGCCGUUGAGGCUUUGGACGCAGCCUCGAAGCAGCGACUUGAGAAGCGCAAACGAGCAGAGCUCGUGCUGUACGCUGUGAACGGUGCAGUCUGGACGGAAGAGAAGCCGAAACAGCCUCCUAGCGCUGCUCAGAAGAAGAAGAAACGGAAGAACCGUACUGCCGUCGUUGAGAUUUCGAGCAGUAGCGAAAGUGAGAGCGACAGCGACAGCGACAGCGACGACGACAAUGACAAGGACAGUAAAACGCAGAAGCCCGCUUCCUCCGCCCCGAAGCGCAACUCCUCCAGCAGCUCAUCUUCAGAUUCUGACUCGGAUAACUCAACUUCAUCCUCAUCAACAGCGGGACGUGCCACAUCAUCCUCAUCGUCCUCCUCUUCUGAUUCAGACUCCGACUCUAGCUCGGAGUCUAGUUCUGAUUCCGAUUCAAGUUCUGACUCGGAAUGACACAAUAAUAAUGUUUUGCAUUUGUGAUAGGUAUAGACAAAAAUUUGCUCUUUGUUAAACUACGAAAUAUAGAAAUGGCACUCUUGGAGGGAAAGAAAACAUACAUUUCUUUUACCGGUAUCUAGAC